AUGCCAGCUUAUACUGAUUAUUGGAGUCAAAAAUUUAGAUAUAAUGAUAUCGCGGAAAUCAUGUCGCUAAAACGUUAUCAACAGAUAAGAAGACACAUUCACUUUGUUAACAACGCAAAUCAGAACGACGAUCCUUACUUCAAAAUUAGGCCAGCUUUAGAAAUAGUGAGAAGAAAUUGUAUGAGUGUAGAAGAAGAGAAAAAACAGAGUAUUGAUGAAAUGAUGGUACCAUAUAAAGGGAAGAAGGCCGGGUCAAAGCGGCAAUAUAUAAAAUCUAAGCCCAAAAAGUGGGGCUUCAAAAUCUUUGUGGGAGCAGGUGUAUCUGGAUUGGUCUAUGAUUUUCUCAUCUAUGGAGGAGAAAAGACAUUCAGAGAAUAUCACCAGUUUACCAGCGAAGAGAAUACUUUAGGAUUAGGAGCGAAAGUUAUUCUUAGUCUAUGCAAAUCUAUGAAAGCCCCUAUCUGCUCGGCUGUGUAUUUUGACAACUUCUUUACGUCUUUGGAAUUGGUGCACAUACUGAAACAAAACUACGGAAUUUUAUCUCUCGGCACAAUAAGAUCCAAUCGGCUGGGGAUCUGUUCAUUAGAAAACGACAAAGCCUUGGCGAAAAGAGGUCGAGGGUCAUUUUGCUUCAAAAAUGAUAACGUCAACAAAAUCAGUUGCGUUAAAUGGUUUGACAAUAAGGCAGUCAUUCUUGUGAGCUCUUAUGUUUCAGUAGAGCCAGUAGCUACUGCUACACGGUAUACGAAACACAAAAAAGAUAAAACUGAUAUACCAUGUCCGAGUAUAGUAAAACAGUAUAACCGCCACAUAGGUGGAGUUGACCUUAUGGAUAUGUUAGUUUCACUUUACAGAACUCGUCGGUGGUAUUUAUCUAUUUUUGCUCAAAUGAUAGAUUUAUGCAUGAAUAAUGCUUGGCUUCUUUACCGUCGAGAAACUAAGCUGACGUGUGCAGAAUCAGGGGGCAACGUGGAAAACAUCAGUCUGAAAGAAUUCAGAUACUAUGUCUCGAAAUCAUUGAGAAUGAAAGGAAGAUCAACUGACUCGAGAGUGAACGAGAAUGUAGAUAUAAAACAAAGGAUCAAACAAGCAGUUGUAGUUAGACCACCAAUAGAUGUAAGACAUGACAGAGUCGAUCACUUCUCGCAGUAUAUAAGCAAAGGUAGAUGUCGAUUAUGCAAAAAGGGAGAAACUCAUUGGGCGUGUACCAAGUGUGGCACAAGACUAUGUUUAGUGAAAGAUCGGAACUGCUUUUAUACAUUCCAUCAGAGUAGUCGACAGGUUCCAGUGAACGUCAACUUUGGAUUUUUUGUUCAAUUAUGA